AUGGACCCGAUAACCGCUCUAGGCGUGGCAGCAAAUGUCAUCCAAUUCCUGGACCUUGGGGUGAAGGCUGUCUCCAAAGCGCGCGAGAUUCACAACUCGUCCAAUGGAGCUCUGGUAGAGCAUAUCGAGAUCGGAGUCCUCACUGAGGAUAUUACCGAGGUGGCUGUGAAGCUUGCAGCGUCUGCGGGGGCAGCGACUGGAAAUAACAGCCUUGACUGUAUCUGUGAGCAAUGCACGAUCGUGGCGAAGGAGCUGUCGGACGCAUUGAAGGGGAUGAAAGCGGAUGGUAAGAAGAGCAGAAUCAAGAGCUCGAGAAAGGCAUUAAAGGCGAUGUGGGGGAAGAAGCGUGUGGAGGAUAUGAAACGGAGGUUGGAGGGGUAUCGCGAUGAGAUACAAUUUCAUGUGCUUGUGGACCUGAAGUGUCAUAUUGAUGUUACAUCUACGGAGCAGUCCGCACGGUUCGACUCCCUCGACGGGCAUGCGAAAAUGUUGUUCGAGGUUUUGUCCGAAAAUCACUACUCCCUUCGCGAUACGAUGGCCUCGGAGAGUGCAAAGUCUGCCGAGAGGCACGCCCAAACAGCAACUACAAUCGUAUCGAAACAAAAGGAAACACAGGCAGAGUUCAUAUCAGCACUCAAUUCUCUCGAAGACCAAUCGAGGUCAGUAUCUGAAGCUAUUUUGGAAAACACCGAGUCUCUCUACGAUUCCAUAUUAGUUGAAAGCGCCAGGGCGGAUGAGAGGCAUGAGCAAACAACUAGUACCAUUGUGUCAACGCAGAAAGAAGCGCACAUGGAUGUUAAGAAAGCUCUGGAAUCAAUGGAUGCGGCUUCGAGAUCUGAGCACGACACUCUCCGUAGGGAGUUCGGGGAGGUGAUGCAGGCUAUGUUGAAAUUGCGGCAAGACAUGCUUCGAGAAAAUAACAAAUUAAAAGAGUUGGUCAUGAAAGCUAUCGAGGCGCGGAGCGAAAAAGAGAGAAAGCGUGUUCAGGAGCAAAGCAAUGCCGUCACGUUUGUGUUGUGUAAUCUCAUGACUGUAUAUCAAAGUCUCCAGAAAAUCAUUCUCGGGCUUCAGGCUCAGCUGAAGACCCUUCUCACGUCUACGAAUUUCUCUCAGCUCUGGGGCGGCCAACCUUUGAAGCCGUCACUGGAGCCAGGAGAUCUCGUCGAGAGGUGCAUGCUUGAUGCGGUCACGAACAAACCAUCUGAUAUUCUGACUUCGAUUUCGCACAUAAAGGCAUAUAUCUCUGCAAAUAAGCGACAGUACGGCAUGCUAUCUGGUCACAUGGAGAGGAUGUGGGAUUCAAAAUGGACUGGAGCAGUAACCGUCGAAUACAAAAAUGUAGAAGAAAAUUCGGGAAUCAAUCCUAAGGUAUGGACUCUUGCUAGCAAAGAGAUGUGUCUGUUGUUAGGGGUAUUGGACUUAGACAUGGUCACGCCGGACUUUGCUCAGAUCGCCGACCAGAGCUGUUUACUUCACGACCACGAAUUUCGAACUGUGCAGCUGCUAAAAUCUCUGGUUAUUAUUACCACAAUGCUUACCCACUAUCUGGGGCCUGCUGGAGCUUCAGACAUUAUCGCGAAUGCCCUUUCUCGAACAAGACCUUUUUCUCAGGGCCUGCCUGCCAAUGUGGGGAAUGCACCGCCUGAUUACAUGGUCCCGGAAACCUGGCCAGGCAUAGAUAAUGAGGCUGAUCGGUGGGCAGAGGGGAUUUGGGAUGUGACUGCUGGACGCUUGGGGCUUGCUGUCAUAUACAAACGCCGGCUUAGGCGACUUCGUCAAGUCACGAUAUGGUCAACAGCCGGGAAGAUCGCCGGGUUCAAGAAAAGAGCCGAAACGAUUCUCAAAUCACGGCUUCAGAAAUGGGGUGCAGAGAAGGGCAUGACAUUGGUUUCGUCUACCGAUGGACCACAAAAGUUCUUCGAGUGGUUUGUUACUGGAGAUGGGGCCUCGAAUCCCUAUUUUUAUUUCGAGGUCGGAACCACCGAAGCGAGUCGUGCUCGUGGAGCGGUGCUCUAUGCUAUGGUGGAAUUCCUUAUCCAGUUCGGCUUCUGCUUGACGACGCCUGUGAUAGAAGUUGGGAAAUCAGGAGUGCGUGCGAGGGUGGGGAGGGUCAUUCUAGGGGAGGGAGUGAAAAGUCAGAGAGCGAGACAAAGGUCGGCCCAAUUGCGCUUCUACCAAGAAGAGAUUGCCCGAUCACCUGAACUUCAGGAAUCUAGGAUCGAUAAUUUAGCUCUUCCUCUUCAAAGCUUAACUGAGACUACAGGAGUAAUUUAA